GUACAUCGUGUUCGAGGGCGAGGAGGGCCAGGACGCCGGGGGGCUGCUGCGCGAGUGGUACAUGAUCAUCUCGCGCGAGAUGUUCAACCCCAUGUACGCCCUGUUCCGCACGUCGCCCGGCGACCGCGUCACCUACACCAUCAACCCCUCGUCCCACUGCAACCCCAACCACCUGAGCUACUUCAAGUUCGUGGGCAGGAUCGUGGCCAAGGCCGUCUACGACAACCGGCUGCUGGAGUGCUACUUCACGCGCUCCUUCUACAAACACAUCCUGGGCAAGUCCGUGCGGUA